AUUGCACAUUUUCUUGAAUUGUUUAUCUAUUCAAAAAUAAUUGAUAAACAAUAACUACACUAAACAUUAACUAAUAUAGGUUAAAUGGCACACAAACAUCGUGACUUCUGAAAUCUACGGCUAAUUCAUUAUGGAUUUAGAUGACCCAAGAAGACCAUUACUAGGUUAUGUUCCCCAAAGUCGAGGACGGCGCUUGGCGAAUAAAUUGUGCAGCUUGCAAUCCUGGAGGCGGCGGGUGCCCAUCACAAUAUGGCUGCCCAACUACAAGUUGGAGUAUCUCGUGCGAGAUAUCAUUGCCGGUAUAACUGUUGGCUUGACGUCCAUACCACAAGGUAUAGCAUACGCUCUCGUUGCUGGUCUACCACCACAAGUUGGUCUGUACUCCAGCAUAUUUCCAGGCAUCAUGUACGCAAUAUUUGGAAGCUGCAGGGACGUGACUGUCGGUCCCACGGCCAUACUGUCCGCGCUGUUAGCUAAGUACGUGGCUAAGAGUCCCGACUUUGCCUAUUUAGCCUCAUUCCUAUCCGGAUGUCUUAUAUUGCUCUUGGGGGUUUUGCAACUUGGUUUUCUUUUGGACUUCAUAUCGAAGCCGGUUAUAAGUGGUUUUACAACCGCUGCAGCGCUGCAAAUAGCCGCUGCACAACUCAAGACACUAUUCAGGGUCGAAGGGUCAUCAGGCAACACGUUUAUAGACGCAUUGAUAAAUUUCUUCAAGAACAUCAAGACGGCGCAUUUUUGGGACUCCGUGCUCGGUAUAGCCAGUAUCGUGGCGUUAUUACUGCUUAAGCGGUUGCCCACGCGUGGGAGUAGCCUGUGGGCCGCGCUGGCGCUGAAUGUAGCGCGAGCACGUAAUGCGCUUGUUGUGCUCGCGUGCUCGCUGCUCGCCGCCGGGCUGCACGCACGCGGGAUAGUACCCUUCGCACUCACUGGUAAAAUCGAAGGCGGUCUCCCCCACUUCGGUCUGCCACCGUUCAGUACCACUGUUGGUAACAGCACGCUUAAUUUCGAAGACAUGCUGUCGGUGUUUGGUCCCGAAGGUCUCGUGAUGCCCCUCGUUGCUGUACUGGAGAGUAUCGCUAUUGCAAAGGCUUUUGCUGGUGGCGCGGCGGUGGACGCGACGCAGGAGAUGGUGGCAGUGGGCGCCUGCAACCUGAUGGCUUCCUUCGCGCAGGGCAUGCCGGCAACUGGAUCCUUCACACGGACGGCCCUCAACCGAGCCGCCGGCGUUGCCACUCCUGCCGGUUCGCUCGUUAAAGCGUCCAUCGUGUUGUUAGCAGUCACGCUGUUGGCGGAGGCGUUCUACUUUAUACCGCGCACGGCGCUGGCGGCAGUCAUCAUCGUGGCGAUGAUGUCCAUCAUCGACUUCUCUAUAGUGAUGACGCUGUGGAGGAAUAACAAGGGCGAGGUGUUGUCGUGGGCGGCGGCGGCGGCGGCGGGGGCGGCCGCGGGGCUGGAGGUGGGCGUCGCGGCCGGCGCCGCCGCCGACCUGCUGCGGCUGCUGGCCGCCGCCGCCAGGCCCGCCCUGCCGCUACACCACUACAAGGUGGGGAAUGUGGACUGUAUGUCUUUAACGCUGACGGGGACAGUGAGCUACGCCUGCGCAGAGUGGCUCCCACGGUCGGUUCGACGUGUGGUCCACUCGCCACACUCGUCACAUCCACCACACUUGCCACACUCGUCACACUCGCCACGCCUGCUCGUAUUGGACGGGCGACACGUGUACAGUGUCGAUGUUGGUGUCGCUGAGAAUCUUCUAUCUGUGAUACUAGAGUUAGAGAAGGAAGGAUUCGUGUUCCUUCUGUGGAACUUUCCAGACAAGUGCCGCAAGCUGUUCGAAGAGUUACGACCAGAGUUUGAGAACAAGUUUGUCUCCGGUCCUAGUAUAGAUCAACAUGUCUUAGGUUUGGACAUUUUAAGAAGAUAAUGCUUUAAGAUUUAACCUUUAUUAUUUAAUAGUAAGGUUUAAAUUAAUUAGAAAAAUGUGAGUAAUUGGUGCUUUUUUAUACUGGCAACGCCGGUAAGUCUGUUACUAGAGUUCCCACCGGUACUAUAUUAUAUAGUAUCUUACUAUAUUUUAGUAAAUUAUACUUGGAACGGAUAGAAAAAUAUUUUUUCAUUAUUA